AACAAAACCGUUCUGUAUUGCUGGUUUAAAUCUGAACGUGGUCACGAUGGAUAGUGUCAGACCGUAGACGUUGUCAGAUUCAGACCUGUAAAGUGAAGGUUUGAUAAAGAUUUGAUAAACAUCUCAUGCAAAAUCUCCAAGAUGGACAUGGAAUGUGCAGACCUCAUGAGUAGUCUGCAACUGCAUAAUGACUACUUCAAGAGUAUGACUGAUCUGAUACCUGCCAGGUAUUACUUUGAACAAGAAUCCAAACAAGGUCCAGCGGGCUCUGGCAAGUUCUUUCAUAAUGCAAAAGAGAAAGCACCCAAGCAGAAGGUCAAAGACAAGUCCAAAAAGAAGACCAGUAACAAGCGACAGCGUUUGGACCCAGACCAGCAGCGUAGCGUAACCCAAAUACAGGAGGGCAUGGAUAAGGGUCAGAUCUCGGGUAAAGAUGGGAUCGCCACCUCUAGUCGGUUGUGGAAAGAGAAAUCGGAGGAUGAGUCAGAGAGUGAUGCCAUGGGGACAGGCCUGGAAGACCUCUCAGAUGAUAGUGGUAAUGAAGAUGAUUCCAAACCAUCCAUCUCAUCAAGGAUUAAACCGAUGAGUGUGGAGUCUGUCUCAAGUAGUGCAACUAUUGAUGAACUCAGAGAAAAGGUCCGACAAAGAAUAGAAGAACUCCGAACAAAGCGGAAAGCAAAAGCACCUUUAAUGGAAGACGUGGUACCGAAAAAAGUUGCCCGAAGAGAAGCGGAAAAGGAGAAGAAGAAGAAAGCAGAUGCCAUCAAGGCAAUGAAAGCUUCUAAAGCACAGUUGGAAAUCUUGGAAAAAGCCAAACAGAACAAACUGAUGGUUAAUGGUGACGUUCACAGUGACAGUGAUGAUUCUAGCGAUGACAACAUCAACCAAAGAACUAAAAAGAGUAAUGAGACGUCUACCAAGGGCGGGAAAGGUGGGCAGAAGACAGUGGAAGCUAAGGAGGCAGCUGUUGGCUUCAGCCAGUUUGACUUUACGGAGAGCGAGCGAGAACAGCCCAAGAAGAAGAAGAGGAAGAAGGUGACGGAGCCCAGGAGCAACAAAGACUUUGGCCGUCUGCUAAAGAAGGCGGAGCUCAAGGAGAAAAAGAUGGCAGAGAUGAAGGAGAAGGAUCCAGAGAAAGCCCAGGAGGUGGAGACGGAAGGCAAGUGGAAGACAGUCAUCGAUAGGGCACAGGGGAUCAAGGUCAAGGAUGAUGUGGAGCUUCUGAAGAAGUCCAUCAAGCGGAAGGAGCAACGCAAGAAAGCGAGCAAGAAGCAAUGGGAGGCACGUCAAACUAAACUGGAGGAGAAGAUGAAGCAGAAAGAGACCAAGAAGAGGACCAAUAUCAAGGCCAAGACCGAUGCCCGCAAAGCCAAGAAGGUUAAGAGGUUACAAAAGAAGGGCAAGCUUCUUCUACAGGACUGAAGAGGCUUCACUUGAUCUGUAAACUGUUGCAAGCCGUUGGUCUACUUCUCACAUGUCUAAUACCAGAAGGGCUAAACCCAUGUGGUCUACUUUUUGGUUUAAUUGCUUUUCGGUCUACAUAAUAUACCUGGUCUCAUACACACUUUGUGUAGUUCCCAUUUAGUGUUAUAUCCAGUUGGUCUAAUGUCCACUUCAUCUAAUUGUCAUUUUGCCUUUUGACAAAUGGAAAUUUGCGUAUGAAAAUUUAACGAUGUAGUGUUAGAUCAAAUAUAUAGUAGGCAGAUUAGUUAUAUUCCAGCUGGAACCUACACCAAAUGGGCUAAAAGGCAAUUAGACCAAAUGGUUAAUAGAGACAAACUGUAGACUAUGUAGGAUUAGUUCAUGUGAGUUAACGAAGGCCACAUGGCAAUUUCCUGGACUAAGGUUGCAACAGAGAACUGCUCCUUGGGAGGAACAGAGGGUCAGAGCAGAGUACACUCUCUUGGUUACAUAAGUCUAGCGUCAGGACUGAGUGCUCUUUACCUUGCAGCAGUUGUGGAUAUUGAUGUCAUUCUGUCGAGUACUGAACUAUCUACUUCCUCUUAGCUGGAUGUAGGUAAGACUCCAGGUUCCUGUAAGGUAAGCAGGUUUGAAAUGGCAAGCUUGUUUGAAUAUUGGUGCAGUAAUCCAUGCAAUGAAUGGCAAUGAAGGCCGUGUCUCAUUGUUAGUGCAAGCCUUGCUAUUGCCUGUAACUUACCCACAGCAAAUUUUUUAGCAUGUUAAAAACUUGUUUACAUGCAAAUUAUAGACAUGCGUGUGCUUCUGUGAGCAACUGCGUGUGAGGUACGUGUGAGAUACUGUCAAUGCGGGCGAUAUGCGGGUGACCUGUGGGUAGCAAAAAUUGUUACCCGCAAGUCACAUGCAAGGCAUGCACGGAACAAUGUGACAGAGCCUGAAGAUUUGCAUAAAAUACAAAAUAAUAAAAUACAUAAUGUAUCAUUAUUAGGCCUUUCUUCUCACAGCUAAGUAAUUCAUACACUGGCAUGGCUUCCUUCUAAUACAGAUCUAUUUUAUUUCUCAAAAUUAACCGGAAUGUGCCGAGAUUUGAAAAUGCCGGAUAUUUAUUAUUAUUGUAAUUAUUAUAUUAUUAUGGCAUCAAAAUACUGAAAUUAUCAGAAAUCUUGAAAUAUUCAGUGAAAGUAGAUAAAAAUGUAUUGUUAUAAUUUAAUGUGUUAUAAUUAUGAAAAUCUUAUCAAAACCUUGCUUGAUGAAUGGUCAGAUCUGUAGAUAGGAACUCAAUUCUGCCAAAGCCAAGUAUCAUGUCAGUAAAUCCAAAUUACUUUUUUUUAGUAUUGAAUUUCAGUAAUCUCGUCUAAAAGUUCUAAACAGUCCCUUCAAAAAGUUAAAAACUUCAUUAUGAUAAUUAUGAUAAUAAUGAUAAUGAUAAUUAUUUUUCCUUAUAAAGCACUUACUUUAUCAGAAGUCUAAGCACUCUACAGUAUUACAGCAUUAUUACCCUGGCUUUAGCAGAGGAGCUGUUGCGUGUGGAGCAUUUCAAGGAAUAAAUUCCUACCAGGUACCCAUUCACCUCACCUGGGUUGAGUGCAGCACAAUGUGGGUAAAUUUCUUGCUGAAGGAAAUCAUGCCAUGACUUGGAAUCAAACCCACGUCCCUCAGUAAGAUGAGGGUCAUAACCACUAGACCACAAUGCCAGGGUGGUAUACAUGAAGCUGUUUGUAGGUAACUUACAGAUUUAUGCAUGACUAUCAAUAUAAUUCUUAUCAACUAAAAGUUAAAUCUGAUCUUGGAAGAUUAUAAAGAUUCUUGCUGCUAAGAAGGAACUGAAUAUAAGUUAUUAAUUAGUCAACAACUGAUGCAGAUCAUUGGACAGUCCCUUCCAUUAUCAUAAACAGGAAAGAUUCAAGAAUGGUUCACAUGUCAUUCAAGAUUAGUUCAUCUGUCAGAUAUACAUAAAAUCAUACAUAAAAUAAAAAGUCUUAAAGAUUGCUUAAUAUGAAAUGGCCCCAAGCUAGUGUUAUUUUCUAUUAAUUUUUUCUCGUAAUGGGGUGGUGGGAUUUUAGAAUUUACUUAAACAUGCAGUUAGCUUGGAUUGUAUACUAGUCGGUGCAGUGAAAGAGAAAUUUGGGACUGUGAAUGUGUAGCAAUGGCAGGAGGUCGGCCCCAGGGGCCCGUUGCAGAGAGAGUUGCAUUUAAACGCAAGCCAAAAAUCAAUCGCAAGUCUCAAAUGCGCGCUGCUGAUUGGUUGAAAAUCAAGUUGUGCAUAAUUUCUGGGCUGUUUCAGAGGUUCCUUUCUUCUUGGACAUGAUAUUAAAAUUUGAACUGUAUGAAAUAGAAAUAAUGAGGAAGAUUCUAUUAGCUGGCCAGCUGGUGCCCAAUAUUUUGAUUUCGCUUGUGUGCAUUCCUAAAGAAGUUGAUUUUUUUAUCAUAGUAAACAUCUUCAUAGUGCUUAAAACCUGUAUAUGCAUAUUGGACAGCUUAAACACAGACAUUUGCAAGUAAAUUGGAGAAAGAGAUUUUAAUUAAAUUUAAUCUCGGUGAAUUGAUACAACCAUAGAAAUGGGCACCUAGUGUACCAACAUAAAAAUAUCCACAUACAGGAUUAGAGUGCAGACACAGAAAUACAUUGUCAUGUCAAGUAUUUAUUUGGGGAGCAUUGCAUGAAAGCACUUUUCGGUUGUUUUACCUGACAAAGUAUGUUUUAUCCGACAGUCACCAUAGUAACAGUGCUUCUCAGCCAAUCAAAGUCAAGGUAGGUUGUCAGGUCCGCAACUUAUUGAAUGAAAAUGUAGAUGAAACGUGACUUUGGUCUGAAAAAAAACCCACCUCUGAAAGGUCUUGACUGAAUCUGAAUGACUGAUUUUCUCUAAAACAUAUUGAAUUUCACUUUCAGCUCCCUUUACAAGCUGGCAUCUCUGAUAUUAAUUUCAUAUUUGAUAAGCGUGAGAUUUAUUGUAAUCAUAUUCUGAUUACGAGUACAAUGUAUAUUUUAUUGCGUCCAGGGACUCAUUUCAUCCAAAUUACAUGUACCAGAGUUGAAACUGGAAUACUGUUAGUCACAAUGAAUCAUCAUAGAACAUGAAAGGUCGAACAUAGUAUCCCCAAUAGACUAUGUACAUGUAACUCAUGUUUGCGUCACUGAUUUAAUGUGUUGGCAUGUUACAUGUUUCCUAACGGACAGCAUGUAUAGCUUCUUGGUUGAAAUUAUGAUGUAACUUGCUUUCCAUAUUUGAUAUUGAUUUCAAUUAAUCUCAACUCUUAUGACACAGGGAGCCUGCUGAGAUAUAAUGGUUUAAUAAUUGCAGAACAAUGCUGGUACAUAAUGUAUGUGUAUGUACUUGUAUACCUGCUUCUAUGAGGGUACAUGUAGAUGAGCAAAUUGUAUUAUAAUGGCCAAGUGUUCCGUAGCUUGGCCAGAUUCAUUUCAGUCCAUGUAUCAAAAAUAUUUUUCUCCUUAAUUAGUGAAUUGAAUUUUUCAUCAGUAUUUUGAAUUUCAAGCAAUUUUUUUUCCAUGUAUGAUAUGUUUAUUAACAGUGUAACAAUCAGCCAUCAUUCAUGUGACAAUGUUUAUGCAUCAUGUUAAUUAAUCAGUGAGCUUGGUGUAGAGAUAAAAUGAUGAGAGUAAAGAUAUUUUGCCAAGAUUUGAACAUUUUAAUUUGUAAUAAAAUAUCUUAUACUGUACUGCA